AUGCACGUCCAGGCGCAGCCGUCGGAUCAGAGCACCAGCAAGGCCAACAAGUUCUGUAUCGAAGCCGAUCUCUUAAUCCCCGGCAAAGGAGAUCCCAUCCGCAAUGGCUGUCUCAUUAUCGAGGACGACAAAAUCCUCUACGCCGGCAAAGCCUCAUCCAGCGAAGCUCUAGCCCAAGCCGCAGACCUCCCCAAAACGCACGUCAAGGUGGUGAUGCCAGGCAUGUGGGACUGCCAUGUUCACCUCGUUGGCGCGCAGAGUUACGAUCCGGCGGCCUUCAUUGAAAUCGGCACCAAACAGGCCCUCGCUGGUGCCAGAGCUGCUCGUGAUUGCAUGAUUCUCUUGGACGCUGGCUUCACGUCCGUACGAGAAAUGGCCGGCUUCGGCGUCCAGCUGGCUCGAGCCGUCAAAGAGGGAACUCUUGCGGGACCGAAUAUCUACUCUGCCAACUGUAUCAUUAGUCCGAGCGGUGGCCACGCCGAUAUUCACAGCAUACCGAAGGGUUGGUACGACGAUGCUUGCUCGCACGGUAUGCCCAUGGCUACGGCAGAUGGUGUUCCCGAUUGUCUCAAAGCUGUGAGGAUGCAGCUACGAACGGGAGCAAAAGUCAUCAAAAUCUGCACUUCCGGGGGAGUCUUGAGCGAGCUUGACAACCCGAUCGACCAGCAAUUCAGCGAUGAAGAGAUUCGGGCCAUGGUCGAAGAAGCCGGGCGAGCCCGCCGUGUUAUUGGCGCUCACUGUCACGGCAAGGCGGGUAUACUGGCGGCGUUGCGGAAUGGUGUAAAGACAAUCGAACAUGGCUCAUUCAUAGACGAGGAGUGUGCCGAUCUAAUGAUCGAAAAGGGCGCGAUUCUUGUCGCCACUCGCUUGAUAGUAGAGAAUGGGUUAGCGAUGAAGGAGUUCUUCCCGCCGUUCGCCUACGCAAAAAUGCUCCAAGUCGCAAACGCACAUUGGAGCGCGAUGCAACUCGCGGUGAAGAAGGGCGUCAAAAUGGCCACGGGCACCGACACCGCCGGCUCCGUUCCUGGCAGCGACACCUUAACCUUCAGCAAGGUUGGAAGAGAAUUGGCGUACCACGUCAAAGCAGGCAUGACGCCGCUGCAAGCUAUCGAAUCGGCGACGUACAUUGCCGCGCAGACAUUGGGGCCGCAGGCACCCCAAGCGGGCCUUUUGGCCAAGGGCUACGAUGCGGAUUUCAUUGCGUUGGAUGAGAGUCCGUUGGACGAUGUGGCGAUUUUGGGCGAAGCGAAGCACGUUACGCACGUUUGGAAGGCCGGGAAGCUGUACAAAGGUCCCGGACAUCCUGUUUCCAGUAUCUAG